AGUCCCACGACGGCACACAAAAGACACCGACUUACCCGGCGUCGUCGAGGAAGAUGAAAGGUUGAGUGUUGUUGUAGUGUACGAAAUAUAUGAUCGACAAUAGGAGGAGCUGAAUAAAGGGGGGAAUCCCAUAAUUCGGACGAGGUGUGGAUAAAAUAGAGAAAAGCAACAACAAUUAUAGGCGCUGCAGCAACAACUCUGUUUUUCUGCCGUAUCGACCGGGGAGGCGGCUGUCAGUAUGGCAGGGAAAAAACAGGUUGUGGAUGUGGUGCGGUCGUGCGCGAACAACUGAGGUGGCACGGAAGUAGAGGACGACUUCUACCGGUGGGUCCAUUCAUAAUCUUGCGAAAUAAAACACCAUCAAGCUCCUACAUCUGCAAGAACCUGCUGCCAGAACCGAUUGCGGAUUUCUGAUGCUGACCUUUACCUCCGGAACUUUUUCUGUUGCGCCGUGCAAGAGGGCAAGAACUACGACUACAUGCGGCUGGUUGUGCUGGGUUUUCUUCCUGUAUUGUAGCAUCAGUCAGAAGAACUACUUCUUCAGCACCACUGCUCCUGGCGGCACAGAAAAGGAUAGGAACGCUGGUGACCACGUCGACAACUAUGGGUCGUCGUCGUGGUCUCUGCUCCUCGUUCGCGCCAGUAGUUUUCAGAACCACGCGGGCGGAGGUAGAAGUGCAAGUAGCAGAAGUACGACGACGUCGGCGUCCUCGAAUAAAGGAAAAACAAAAUCAAAAUCUCGAACAUCAAGUCGCACCAAUGUAAAUGUUGCGGCGGCAUCAGGCCUUAGUUCGACGAUUUCGAACAAAAUAAAUCUUGACAAUGCCGCGAAAGACACAACAUCAGCGACUGCAUCUUCUUCAUCAACAAUCGCUAACAAGAAAACCGCAGCAACAGCAUCGGAGAACGAAGCUGGGUGGGAUCAGUCUCUGUCUUUCGCCACCCAUUUCUCGUCCUAUGGCUACAAAUUUAAGAGCGAAGACGCGGCCAAUGGAGCAGCGAAGACGAGUGCAAGUGCGAGGCCAACUGCAGCUACGUCUACGUCUUUAUCGACAUCGUCACAGUCCUCCUCACACACCGUUGCGCCAAUCGAAUUCGGCAUCGAGAAAUUUCGCACCACGUCGGCCUCAACAUCCGCAACUUCCACGUCCGGUCAGGCUCAUCGGUUUGAGGACCACGAUGAUGACGGGGUGCAGGAUGCGAACGAAAACGCGGCGGCGCCCACUUUUCAAACCGCCGAGCAGGCCGAUGGUCAGACCUCUGCUGGCAGCGUCGAACAGGGAAACAAGCAGUUAAAAAACAACCGGGAGGCAGCUACGAGUAGUGAAGAACAAGCAGCGGUAGCGGCGAGCCAGAGUGGAGGUUCUUCGUCCUCUGGGUCGUCAACAUCCAGCAGCUCGUCCGCGGAAACAUCAAGUGACGUAACAGCAGGAGGAACAGGGCAACAAGGAGAGGAAGCGCUGAGCGGAGCUGGGGGCGAAGGUACCACUGGAGCAGCCGCUGGUGCCACCCAGAAUAUUAAAGCCGGAGAGUUGUUGCCAAAUCACGAGGAGCAAGCGACAUCCAACACCAAGUCUGAUACUCCUGCUUCCCCGGAUACGUUGCACUUCCCGAGAAGAGCAAGAGAUGGCGCGGCAGAAGAGAACACCAAUAGCAACGAAGGGGCGAGUGCGACUAGUACUAGCUCCUCUGCCUCUACUUCAACCACGGAAGGGAACAAAGCAUCUGCUGGCUCCGAGAUCGCGACGACUACCAACGCAGAAAGUGCACCAGCAGGAGCUUCUUCGGAAAGAGCCGUAGAAGAACGAACGCAACAAGGCGGAGGUCAACUCGCCUCUGCCAGUCAACAGGAGGGCAUUCCCGGCCUGAAUAAAGGGGAACUGCUUCCGAAUCGUGAGGAGCAAUCGAGCGCGACGUCUUCCUCAUCUGACACCGCUAGCACGGAAACGGGUACGGACGAGAGUACCGUGCCGGAGACUUCUACCAGUAGUGGGGAAGAUGUUGCUGCAACAGCAUCAUCAUCCACCUCGGAGGUGGUUUCCACGACUAGUGGCAGUGCUACGCAGAAGAAAAAUGGCAGCAGUAAAAAUGGUCCAGGUAGUGAUCCUCGUGUUGAAACAGAAGCAGGACCCGUCAAAGCUGCGGAACAAACGCAAACACAAGCUGCAGCAUCAGUAGCUGCAACUUCCUCCACCGAGACGACCAAAGGCGCAAGCGAGCAGAAGAACUUUCUCUCAUCUACUUCGUCGACCAAUCAACAAGCUGCGCAAGAGCAAACGCAAACGCGGCAAAACGAAGCAACUGCGAGCGGUUCGUUGAAAACAGCGAGCGCAGAACAGCAAAACAAGCAGUUAGCAGCCAGUACUUCUACCUCCACCGAGGCAGGAGCUUCCAGGGCGGGAACUACGUCAACCGUCACCGGCGCCAGUGUUGCGAGUGUCGCGACGAGCAGCGCCCAGCAAGAACUUGCAAGUCAGCAGCAAACCGCAGGAGCUGCCUCCAGCAGCUCCACAGCUUCGCGCAGGAGCGGCAUCUCGACGGGGGUCGCAAACACGAUUAGCCUCGGCGCCGGGGCGGGCGGUAUGAGUACCAGUUCGUUCGGAGCUGGUGCUGGCACAGCCGCACAAACGUCGAGCAGCCAACACCAGUUUCUCGCCUCCAACGCAGGAGCUGCGGUAAAACAACAAACGACCAGCGGGAAGACCGAGAGCCAGCAAGAAAAGCAAAUGCAACAGCAAUUGCAGCAAAACCAACAGCAGGAACAAGGUGGUGCUACUUCGAAUAUGAAUUCCAAAUUGUCUCAAGGGGUCUACCUGGCGAACGAAAUCGUUCUCGCGGACCAACCGUCCUUUGAACAGCCGGCGAAAAAUUUCGAGGACGUGUUAUGAAAGGGAAAAAUCCCCCCUCCCAAAAUCGAAAUGGAGUUUCUGAUGCUGGAUUUGCGUGCACAAAUCAGGUGUGUCUUGCUGGAGAGGACUGCAGGCAUAUGCCAAGCCUGAGGCGAGCGGUUUUUUUAACAUAGGCGACUGGCAUGACAGAUGUCUAUGCUGUAAGCCCAACAGCAUCACAAAGCGCCUGCGUAAUGCGGCGGAUUCUCUGGCUUUGCCUUCUUGCAAGACAGACAGGAUUUGUGUGUGCAAAUCUGCAGCGCAAAUUUGCAGACGGAUCCGCUUUCAAUAUGGGGAGGGAGAAUUUUUCGUCAGAAUACGCGUAUUACACGGUCCCGAUCCACGUCGGCGGGCAGGAAUUGGACUGCGUUCCAGACACCGGCUCGUUUUCGAUCCUGGUGUUGUCCAAGCAGUGCGACUCGUGCGGCGACGUGCUGAGCUACCUGACGCACGUGUUUGACCCGACGGAGAGCGAGCCGCCGGUGCAUAUCAAAAUGAAAAAUCUCCCCUCGCCAUACUAAAGCGGAGACUUGUGUAGCACGAUUUGCUACUACGAAUCAUCUUGUCAUGCUAGAAGGCGAAAAAUGCGGACUGUAGUGCUGGCUGGCGAAGGAAAGCUUUGCGGCUUCAGUAUGACAGGAGGCAACUGGAAGUGGGAAACAACGUGACAAAUUGCCUGCAAUUUAAGCCGCAACUGCGUCUCUUGGCCUUCUAGCAAUACAACUCGAUUUGUGUACGCAAAUCCAGCAUCACAAAUAUCCUUUUCAAUAUGGGGACGGGGGAUUUUUUUACGCAAUAGCGCACCACCUCGAUCAGUAUGCGGAGAUCACGUUCGGGUCCGGGGUAUGCAAGAAAAAAACUGUGUAAGUGUAAAUCUGUGAUGCAGAAAAUGCAAAACAGUUACACUUGUCAUGCUGGAUGUGCGUCAGAGGCUAUUUUCAUAUGUGUUGUUCGCGUACUAGCUACGCAUGACAGGUUUUCUCUGUUAUGCAAAGCAAAUCUGUGAUGCUGUUCCUGCAAAAAAGUUACACUUACACACUUUAUUGUUUCUUGGAUACGGUGCGGUCCACGUGGAGGGCGGGCAGACCUCGGUGAAACUCGGGCGCGUCACGGUCACGAAGCAGAAAAUGUGGGAAAUCAAGCAGAUGGACACCGGCAUGCAGAACAUCUGGGACCAGGGCGCGCGGUUCGAGGGCAUACUGGGCAUGGGCAUGGCCAACUGGGUGCCAGACAGUCGCGACGAGUCGACGCUGUUGAGCAACGCCCAGAUCACGAAGUUUGGCAUGUGCUUGGGGGAUGUGCGGUACGAAGAGCGAGUUUUUCCGGUCCUCCCGGUCGUUUGCCUUUAGUACGCAGCUGCAUCAUAGGGGUAGAAAUGCGCGCGCUUUCGGUUUUGCAUGAGAGCAGUAGUCUCCUGGUUUACGUACGGGUCUAGGUCGUAAUUGUAGAGGAGGCCACUGCCGCUGCGAACGUACUAGAUCAUGCAGUUUGUCGUGAAUAUCAACAUGCGAAGAUACAGAAGUAAUGCAAGAUUUCGUGCCAAUAGCGGCAAACGAGGGAGGAGGCGGGAAAUUUUGCAAUCUGAUACGGGUGACAAAACGUCCAAGAUAUACUGGGGGCAGUACCCGGCGGGAAUCACUUAUCAUGUGGUAUAAAGGUGUGGUGAAUUUGAUUGCUGCUCUAGUAUUGUGAAUGUGAUCUUGAUGUCGUUCCAGAACCAAGAUAAUGUAGAUUAAAGGUCAGUUAUUAUUCUGAUGCGCAAUCAUCAAUAAAAAAAAAUAUGCGAAACAUGGAAAAAUAAAAAUGAAAACUAUCCACCAGACUCCCGUCGUGGGAAAGAAGCACUGGGCCAUCCAAGUCACGUCCUUUGGAGUUGGCACCAAGGAAGACGAUCUCCAGACCUGUGACCCCUGUGUAUCAAAUGUAAAAAUGUGUGCGUCUGGAAGGAUGUAACUUGUGAUGCGCAUUUCAGAACCCACAAAAAUCUCUGAUGCAUACGCAUAGGCAGCAAAAGCUGCUCACUUUCUGUCUACCAAAAUGAGGGAUUUGUCAUGCGGAUUCGGCAUUGCGGAAGCUUCUCGAAACCUGUGAUGCUAGAGCUUCCAUGCCAGACCUUCUGUGUCAUGCAGAAACAGCAUGACCCUUCCAGACCCAGACAUUUUUACAUUUGAUACUGUGCAGCUGUGGUCGAUUCUGGAACCAGCUCCCUGGGUAUGAGGGUGCACAACUCGCCCUCGUUUUCCUCUGUCAUGAGAUGUAGUCCCAAAUACAAAACAAAUUAGUUACUUAACUCAGCUGCUGUCUUAUGGCACCGCUUGCAGUUGCAUGACAAAGUCCAAAGAAAAGCACUUCACGACUCUGCCGCUCGAUCUAUUUGUCAUGCGCAGACUGCGCGCUUGCCGGUGUGUGUAGUGCCGAUGUUCAUGCCAACGUGCAAGCGAUAACGGCGGGGAGGCGAGAAAGGGGUUGUGCACUCUCAUGCUUGGCGCCCCCUCGGGGUUGCUCUCCACACUGGAGGGCAUGAUCGUGGAUAAGGAGGUAUCCUGAGUAAAAACGUACCCACACCAGAGUCAGGAUGGGGAUUUUGCAACACAAACCUAGAAGUUUUGUGAGUCACGCAUGACAAGUUGCACUCUGCAGUGUAGUGCAGGUUAGCAAGUGCAGCCGCAUCACAGAUUCAUCUGCUCAUCCUAUUCACAGCAUCACAAAUUCCAAAAUACGAUUGGAAAUGGCUCUCAUGGGGAUGCGCAUUACAAGUCUUCCUGUCUUUGCAAAUCUGCAUCACAACUCUGGUGUGGGUACGUUUUUACUCAGGAUAGGAGGGUCAGGGACUCUUGUCGGACUGCAGCAACCAAAAGGAGCUGCCAGACAUUGUUCUCGGCCUGAAGGGAACGGAUGGGAAGUCUUAGGGAAUGCAAAAGUAGGGGUCUUAUUAGUGGCAAUUGCAUGAGGACAAAUCUUCGCAAAGAUGAAACUUCUCAUGCAGAUGAAUCUAGCUUCAAAAGGAAAAGCAAAAUUCCUCUGCUCUGCGUGGUUGCAAUUAUUGCGAGCAGUAUCUCCAGCUUUUGCACAGGAUAAUUUUUUCCACGUUACCAUCCCGGCCAGCUGGUACGUGAAAGCGUCCGACUCCGGGGAUUGCAAGCUCUCGCUGAUGACCACGCCCCUCCCGACCAGCCGCGACUUCGGGCCGGUCUGGCUGUUGGGGCAACCCUUCAUCCGGGAGUACUUGGUGAUGUACGACCGGGGAGAAAAGCCGACCAUGUCCUUCAGCCGGCGGGAGGGAACACCCGGAGACAUGACGGCCUGCCCUACGUUGAACGGAAAUCCGACGGAAUUAACCUUCCCCGCACAGCAAGUGGAUAGCGCGAAUGUACUUGAAAAAGUUUUUUUUACCAUUUUACGAAAAUCUGUUGUGCAUUUUUGUGUUGUGAUCGUCGCUACUUCUAUGCUAUCUCAUAGUCACUCACCAAUGCCGCGUCAUGUUUCGUAAGGUUUUUCAAUACCUUUGCCUUACACCUGUCGAAUUGAACAAAACAGGAAACUCUGGUGACCUCCAACACGCCGCUGCAGGGCGAAGACAUCCUGAUUCACAAGAAGCACGACCACCAAGAGGAGGCCACGCAUAUCAUUUGUAAAAACAUCCCCGCCCCAGAGUCAAGAUGGGAAAUCUGCUAGACAAAUCAGCCAGCUUUGGUCGUUUGGCAUGAUAAGUUUCUCCUCGUAGUGUAAUCCUGUUUAGGUAGUGCAGCAGCGUCACAGAUCUAGCAUAUCAUGCUGAUUAUAGCGUCACAAAUUCCAAAGCACGACUAGGAAAUGCCUCUCAUGGCGCUCCGCAUGACAAACUUUUUUGGCAUGCAGAUCUGCAUGACAGCUCUGGCGUGGGGACGUUUUUACUCAGGAUAACGCACGCCUCAGAUUCGUCCGACCACAAUCCGGCAACCAUUAUCUUCCCCGAAUCCCAACCUCGGCAGGAGGUACGUGACGACAGCACCAGCAGUAGCGCGAAGGUGAGCAGCAAAAGCCCGAUACUUCAGCCGGCGAAUGUGCCCAAGCCCAUCCUGCCGAUGGACCGAGAUUCGCUUGCGGCCGCGAAAGCGACGCUGGCCGGAGCAGGUGGUGCUUUUCCGACUGCACCGGGAAAAACCAGCUUGCUCGAAACCGAGCAGGGAACAACAUCAAGCGGGAGUACUUCCGUUCGUAGCAACCGCGAAAAAAACCAGGAAAAAUCUUCCGAGAACGUCAAGCAGGUAUCCUGAGUAAAAACGUACCCACACCAGAGUCAGGAUGAGGAUUUUGCAACACAAGCCUAGGAGUUUUGUGAAUCACGCAUGACAAGUUGCACUAUGCAGUGUAGUGCAGGUUAGCAAGUGCAGCCGCAUCACAGAUUCAUCUGCUCAUCCUGUUCACAGCAUCACAAAUUCCAAAACACGACUGGAAAUGGCUCUCAUGGGGAUGCGCAUUACAAGUCUUCCUGUCUUUGCAAAUCUGCAUUACAGCUCUGGCGUGGGUACGUUUUUACUCAGGAUAGCAGGAAGUCGGCAUCGAGUUCACGCUGAAGGCCGUGAGCAAAAAGGCGAAGAAAGUCGUAUAACGCGCUCAGCUGUUGCAAUCUCAAACGUUACAAUAGAAUGUAGUUGUAAUCUGUGAUGCAAGAGUGCAUGACCUAGCCUACUCCCACAGGAUUGCGCAUGACAAGUUCUGGAGGCCCAAUCCGCACUGGGAUCUGGCGAAAUUUGUAUUGCAAAAGGUGGAACGCUGUGCGAGUCUGUCAUGCUCAUCAUACAACACAAAUUCCAGAUUCUAUUGUAACGCUUGAGAUUGUAACACCUGAGCACGUUAUAAGUCGGGGAGGCAAUCGGGGACGUGCCCUUUUGGACUUUGAGAAACUUUGCGGACGGCAUUUACUAGGGCGGGAAAGUUUCUUCAAGGUAACAAGAAUAAAGUUCUUUGAAUUCUUCGUGAUUUCGAAGUUCAUAACUUUUUUUGACGGGCACAGGUAGUACUACUGCAUGGCUCCAUUGCAGACGCCAUCUUCCUCGCACCUCCAGAGGCAAAGAAGGAAUAAAGGGCAGAGAGAUUUGAAUAAGCGUCAAAGUCUACACUGUACAAGGAACAAAGCAAAAAAUUUCUGCGCAAAAUAAAUCCUCGUGCCAGAUGAAGUGAGUGGAGGGGGUCGUAUUCAAGCUCUAGCGUGCAGAAGAAUUAACCAUACCACCUUCGAGAAGAUGUAACAGCUCAGGCAUUCAAAACAGAACUUCAACACUUUUUUAGGGUAGAGAUGGAUCGAAUAUAGUCGAUAAAAAGCUAGUAUAGUUGUAGUAGUACAAGAGGAUGGCGAUACAAAACCCAGCGAGGAGCUGGACGCCAUCAAAUGUUAAUAGCAUCAGCAUGCAACGCCGCAUGAUAUCAAAGUGUGCGAUAAAAGCAUAGAGGUGAUUGUGAAGAGGUUGAAGUCAUUAGGGUUUCAAAAAAAACGAAACCAUACGAAGUAUGAAUGCAACGAUUUCGCAAAAGUAGUACUCAACUGCAGCUGCACGAAGACGAAGUUGUGAAAGCCGUUUUUUCCUGGCCAAGCCAGUCCUAUCAAGAAUGCAGCAACGAGUACCAUUUUGAUAUCAAUACUAGAGCUGGUUGUAGCAAUUGCUUAGCCUUUCAAACGAAAGAAAAUUUUUUUCAAACAAAAGCUAGCUUCGACAACGUAUAUCAAUGUACUACCGCCUGUUGUAAUAACUGUUUCACACACUGUCACUGCAUGAAUGAACAAGCUGCGGCUGCGCACGCCAUUUUUGAAGCAAAAAUCCAGAAAAAUAAAUGCACCCUGUAUAAUAUUCCGAAACCGAAACAUCAAGAUGGGAAAAAACAAAA